CGUUAUCUCUGAACCUGCUCAAUCGAUUAUCACAUUUAACACAAUUUCACCACUCAGGCUCUCUGCUCGGGUCAUUUCUUUAUCAAACCGGCCUCUGUGCGGUCAGACUGAUAAUCACUGCACCCAAAAAGAAACUCUGAAACAGGUUCUGGAUCGGGGGGAAAAGGCCAAUUAGUGCGGAAGUUGCGGGUGCGUAAUGGGUUAAGAGCGGAAGGCCUCGCCUCACCUUUUGUGCGCGUCACCGGGCUCUGAAAAGUGGCUCUACCGACCCAGCAUCCAAGACCAAGGAGGAGAAAAUCACCGCCUCUCUCCGCCGCCAGACGCGCCUCCUCGCCUCGGUCGGUCACAUCAGCCUCGUCGGUCUCCGCCCCGCCGCUCCAUCUCCAGCACCAACACACAUCCAGGAGACGACGGGAAGCGAAGGAAUAAGAGGGAACCAUGAAGGACCGCAUGCAAGAACUUAAACAUGGGAAGGAGACGACAGAGGAGGAGGAUGAAGUCGCUGUGGGGAUGGACAAAGGUUUCAUGGAUGAAUUCUUUGAGCAGGUGGAAGAGAUCCGGGGUUUUAUCGAGUCUCUGGCAGAGAAAGUUGAAGAGGUGAAGAGGAAGCAUAGCGCUAUCCUCGCCUCGCCAAACCCCGAUGAAAAAACUAAAGCUGAGCUCGAGGAUCUAAUGGCGGACAUCAAGAAGUUGGCCAACAAAGUGCGCUCUAAAUUAAAGAGUAUCCAGCAAACCAUCGAGCAGGAAGAAGGGCAGAACAGGUCAUCAGCUGACCUGAGGAUACGUAAAACACAGCACUCCACACUGUCCCGUAAGUUUGUUGAGGUGAUGUCAGAAUACAACACCACUCAGUCGGACUACAGAGAGCGCUGCAAGGGACGCAUUCAGAGACAGCUGGAGAUCACCGGGAGAAACACAACAAAUGAUGAGUUGGAGAGCAUGUUGGAGAGUGACAACCCAGCCAUCUUUACCUCGGGGAUAAUUAUGGACAACAUCACCCAGCAAGCGAUGAAUGAGAUUGAGACGCGGCACAAUGAGAUUAUCAAGCUGGAAAACAGCAUCAGAGAGCUUCACGACAUGUUCAUGGACAUGGCCAUGCUGGUGGAGAGCCAGGGCGAGCUGGUGAACAACAUUGAGCGGAGUGUUUUGGAGGCACAGGAAUAUGUGGAGGAGGCAAAGGAGAGCAUCCCAAAAUGCAAAAAGUUCAAAAAGACCAGAAAACGGAAAGCAUCAGUGGCAUGGACAAGUGUGGUUGAUCACUCCGUCUCCAUCUUUGCCUGUGCAGCUGAGAACACACAACAAUAUUGUAUCCAAAUAAGCAUUUGUUUUCUGUUUAUACACCUGUGAUCAAGACAGCAUCCAACAGUGUCAGAUCUUUUACAGAAAAUAAGAUAAUUUGAAAGUCUCUCACCUGGCUGAGGAGGCUGACUACAGGACUCAUCCAUCUUAGAGUAAAGUUCAGGGUCUCUCUCUUGAAGGCGAGUAAUCAUCUUCCUGCUGGCUACAUCCCCUUUCUUGAUCACUGCAUCUACAAGCUCGCGUGCCUUGUCUGCUGUGACGGGAUACUUCUGAAUUAUGUAAUCUUUCUCCCCACGAUUGAAGACACGAUCUUGUAAAAGGUCAUCCAGGAGCUGACUGAUAACUGGGUCAAUCACGUUUUCAACAAACACUUUCCUCACACAGUCAAGCUGCUGAGCUAGAAUCAGGAAUAUAAAGGAAAAAAAGUAGCAAAAUUCAAAACAUUGAUUAUAACAAAGGUGCCAGCAGUGAAAAAUAUCUACAGAAUGUUUAUUUUAAAAAUGCUAUUACUCAACAGAAGUGAGUACACUUCUGUACAAUGUCACUUAUAUCAGAUGAUUCAAAAUUGCAUCAGUUCUUAAUAAUUACAUUAUUUCCCAUUUAUAAAAUAAAUAGGAUGGACAGCAGCACCGCAAACAGAAGUUUCUAAAAAGAUGACGGAGUGUAAUCGACACGUUUUGACAAGAACACAACAGUAUCAUCUACAGUCAACGGAAGAAUUUCUUGCAAGCUUUGUUUUUAUACACUUUUGUAAAUUUGCUGGGUGUAAACUAGCAGCAUUAUAAAAUUAAAACACACAUUUAAAGAAUCAUUAAAAAAUUAUCCAUUAACAGUUUGAAAAUAAGAGAAACUCAAUAAUAAGCCACUUAAAUGUAUGUGUCUGACUAUAAAUUAAUUAUGAAAUGUUGACAUCUCUGUCUGUGUGCUGUACAUGGUUAUAGGUUGAGUCUAAGUAAAAGUCUAUGUGUGCUGCAGGGCGUUGAUGUAUCCUUCCUCUUCAUGCAGUGCAGAGAAGAAAGCAACUCAAAGUUUCUGUGUUUUGUGAAUCAUUUUUCAUCAUAAUAUGAAUUAUUAGAUAACCAGUGAUGUCUGCUUCUCAUUUCAAGUAUAUUUUAAAUAACAUGAAAUCAAAUGUUUCAAUAAACUAAGACCUUUAUGCGCAAACUUGCGGACUUUGGACAUCUCAGCUCCACAAUCUCGUAUUUAUCUAGGGUGACCAUACGUCCUCUUUUGCCCGGACAUGUCCUCUUUUGAGAGGCUGUCCGGCCUGUCCGGCCGGCGUUUAUAAACUCCUUCAAAUGUCCGGGUUUUUGAUCUUGCCUAGCUUGAGCGCGUCACAGACCAGUGUAUUUAUCAUUCACGUUUAAUGGUUCCUUUGGAAACACGCUCUGAGAGGUGGAGUUUGAGCCGAGGCGCUCCACACUCACUCACUCCUCGCAGGCUGACAGGCAGGUAGGCACACUGCGAGAGAACACUCGAACCGAAAGAAAAUGCCGAAACGCAAAUGUCAUUUCACUGAUGAAAUGCGAAAAAAAUACCCCUGUUUUCGUCCGGGUCGUGUCAAAUGGGAGGCAGAAUGUACAGUCUGAAAAGCUGGGACUUAUGUCUCUGUAGCUAAUAAGAGAAGGGAAAAGAAGGAAAAAAGGACUGUUGACUUGAGGCAUUAUUUCUAUAUUUUUUUCAUUUGCCAUUAGACACAUUAUUUUGAAGAAUGGGCUAACUGAACAUUGAAGAAUAGGCUACCUCUCUUUUUUCUUUUUGUUUAAUAUUUUGAGACAUUAUUUCUAUUUUUACAUAAUUGAUAAUUGGGAGGUUAUUUUGAAGAAUGGUACUCUACCUCACUUUUCCUAACUAAAGUGUAAGUGUCAGACUUAAAGCUGCUGUCCGGAGUUUCCGUUUGUUUUCAAUUUAUGUAUCAUUUUUUAACAAAGCUUAAAUGUGUUAGUCUAGUUCGAUACUAUAAUAUAAAGUUAGUAUAACACGAUAUGAAAAUUUAUUCCUGAGCUCCGCCUUCCUCUCAUAGACCCCCAUGUUAUUCCAAAAAGCGCCGGUUGCUGUCGACCAAUCAAGUUCGAGCUUCAGCUUUGUCAUGCUGUCAAUCAACGGUUACGCGCACAGCAAGCGAGCCCAUGCAGAGGUGGGCGAGCUACGCACUACGCAACCGCGCGCACAUUUGUUUUGCUUGUGGAGGAGAGAGCAUCAGGGCUCAGCAACUUCCAGAAAAGUUACCAAUCCCACGGCUUGUCAGGCCAAGAGACUGCAGGACGUUUUUUGGCUCGGGGUGCUCGCGUCGCUCCCCGACCACGGCCUCCGUAGCCCGGCUGACGCCUUCGUUUAGAUGCCGUGGUCGGGGUGCUCGCCUCGCUCCCCGACCACGGCCUCCGUAGCCCGCCUGACGGCUUCGUUUAGAUGCCGUGGUCGGGGUGCUCGCGUCGCUCCCCGACCACGGCCUCCAUAGCCCGCCUGACGGCUUCGUUUAGAUGCCCGACCUCUGGAGGAAGAUGUUGGGGCGUCUGGGACAUACUCUUCGUCAGAGGAGUCAUGCAAUUCUGAACUCUAGAUAGAAAUAAAUAAACAAUGUAACACAUAUACACGCGUAAAUGCACUAAGUUUGAUAAACAACGUCAUCGAGAGGGAUACACGAGUGUAAUCACAUAUUGAAACUUUACUAGUUCGUCCUAGCAGAUUCAUGUUAUUUUGGUAUUAGGACAAGUUAGACUCAAUACAGCAUUCUAACGUAAUUCCUUUAUUAUUUACUAAUUGUAGAAUAGGGGAAAACAGCAAAACAGGCGAGAUGCUGCAGCACUCCAGGCACUUCUCUCAUGUACUGCGCGCGUGCACAAAUAAAGGGGCGAAAUCAGAGGGAGGGUGGGACCACCAGUGUUUUGGGAGACACUGCGAUUCAAACUCCGGACAGCAGCUUUAAGAGAGAUGAUUAUUUCUUAUUUUGUUAAACAUCUGAAUACAUGUGUUCCUACACAACUUGCUGGGGACUGAAAAUUUUUCGCGCGUGAGCUGGAAGUGUGUCCUCUUUUCAGAGAAACAGAAUAUGGUCACCGUUUAUCUUAUUCUCUAAAUGGCAGAAUCUGAACGCGUAAAACACAUCACACCUGUAAUUUCGACAACAUUUCGCAAAUAAAAUGCAAGUUCAGCUGGACAGGUUGCAUCAUAUUUUUUUCAUCUAAGCCACCAAACCACAGCAGUAGUAGGCUACCACGUAGAAUCUGAAAGUGAAGCUAAACUUGACGUUCACAAAGAAAUACAAAAUAUUAUGAGUUUGCUUUGACAGGCCUUCGUUGUCAAACUCAUCACAUUUCUGACACAUUUCUGACCCCUAUCCCCUCAUCUUCUUCAUAACGCACUAAGAACAGUUUGUGCGUUUUCCUGUUUGUUGGCUGAUCGUCUGCUCGUUGCCGCAAACAUGAAGCAAAAAGUAAGUCAUGGUUCCCUCCAAAGCACAUUUAAUCGAUGAGUUCUUACCUGCCAUCGUUCAAGUCUUGUAUAACAGAGCUGCUUGAAGAGAAAUAUGAAAGUAACACUUGAAAACUUCAUGCGUAAUGGGCAGGGGCGCCGAAAAGGGGGGAAAAAGGGGAAGGAUUCUAGGGGCCCAUCAUUAACAGGGGCCCAGAAAGGCCCCUGAUAAAAUUAUAAUACUGACAAAAUGAAUAUGGCACUAUCUUGUUAAUUUAUAAUCACAAAUAAAUAUUAUUUACAAUGCGCUGGUAACACUAAGUUUAUUUGUUUUGGAAACAUUUCUCAAGGGCCCCCCCUCCCUUUUUAAGUAAAAUGGUUCAGUCCUACUGAAUCAACUGAACUGCUGCGGGCAGCGGUGCUUCAGUCAGACUGAGUAGGGUGACGACAGUAUGCCUCAGAAGUCAGAAACGAAAAGAAAAAAGAUAAGGCAGGAGAGAGAGGCCAAGGGCCGGCGAUAUAUUACCCAGUUCUUCAAAAAACAAGGUGGGUUUGGUUCAUGUGGUGGAAAGUUCUGGAACAUUAGCCUGUGUUGUUUCUACUCUGUCUUAACUUUGAUUUUUAAGCUAGCUCACUUUUCUCCCCAUAUUAGUUCAUAUUUUUGAAGAAAACUCUGGAAUUUUAUAUUUCACUGUUCACAUUUAGCAAGCUGCCCAUAUUUAAUCAGCCCCCCCUCCCCCCGUGUCAAAAUGAUGCAUGUUUGAACAGACACGUCAAGUGCAGCAGCAGCAGCUGUCUAUGAGGCCUGUGAGCCCCCUACCCCUGAACAAGCCCCAGUACCCACAACUGAGGAAGGAGGUGAGCAACUGCAGCCGCCAGAAGAAAAAGGCGAAGAUUCCAUGAUGAGACCUCUGAAGAGGAGAGGUCUCAGGAGAGUGCAGAAACUGUGUUUCAGAACACUGUGUUUUUUACUGCUAUGGACAGUAUCAUAAGUGACUUGGGAACUAGGUUCCAGACCACAGCAAAUAUUGUAAAUUAAUUUUCUGCUAUUCUGAAAGUUGGGCAGAUUAGUGAGGACAAAAUCUCUUCUCUGUGCCAACCAUUGAUCACAACGUAUUCUGGUGAUCUUACACCUGAUUUUGAAAAUGAAGUAAGACACCUUAACGGUGUAUACGCUUCCAAUUUCCUCCCUAACUUGUCCCCUCUUGAACUCCUGAAUGCUAUUUGUAAGCUGCAACACUGCCAGUUAGUGUUGCAGGUGGUGAGAGAGCCAGUGAUGGUGAAAUUGAAGCUUCAUGAAGCAAUGAACCACUUUGACACAUCUGCUUCAAGAAUGACACAUUGCUUCGAAGCAUUUGACACAACCAGAAGAGUGACAUCUGCCGGUCCUGUGUCAGAACUGCAUCCAAGUGGAAAAAAAUGAAAAAGCCUCAGGACUGCUUGUCUCACACUGCUUUGUACUUGCAAUAAAUGUUUUAAAACGUUA